AAGCAAUUAAAAUCCUGAAAUGGGCCCACCACCCAUGUCUUGCGCACACAAUUAACCUGGUUGUGAGAGAUGCUUUGAAGGUGAUGAAGCCAGCUGUGGACAAAGUGAAGGCAAUAGUGGAAUUUUUCCACAGGAGCACAACAGCCACACACAAGCUCAAAUCUACCCAACAACAGAUGGGCAUGCCUGAGCUAAAGCUCAAACAAGAAUGUAUCACAAGAUGGAACUCAACCUUUCAUAUGCUAAAACGGAUUCCAGAGUUCAAGGAUGCAGUCAUCUCUACCCUGGCAGUUAUCAGUGUCGACCCUCUGAGCCACGAGGAAUGGGAGGUACUACAGGAGGCAUGCACUGUUUUGGAGCCAUUUGAGCAGGUCUCCGUGGAGAUCAGUGCAGACAGCCAUGUCACAGCCUCCAAAAUGUUAAUCCUGUGCAAGGGUCUGCAGAGAGUGACAGCUGAACACCAAACCAGAGUAACUACAGGAAAAGUGAAAGAGUUGGUGGAUGCUCUCUGUGCAUCCAUGGACAGAAAGUUCCACAGAAUGGAAUAUAAUGCUGUUCUCUCUGAAACCACCAUUCUUGAUCCAAGAUUCAAGAAGCUGGUCUUUAAUGACAACAGAGCGGUGGAUGAAGCUCUUCAGAGAAUAACUGCAGCAGCAAGAUCCAGCCAACCAACUCCACUGCCAGAGGACCAAGAGGGAGAAUAGGCAGAAGAGGAUGAACAAAACGAGCAACAAGCAUCUGCUGUUUGGAGGUUCUUUGAAGAACAAGCAAGUAGAGACACUACCAGAAGGAAUCCCUCAGCAGAUGCAAUACUGGAAGUGAGAUCCUACAUUGAUGAGCCCCUUUGCCAGAGAAGUGCAGAUCCACUGAGCUGGUGGGAGACAAAGGCUUAUACUUAUCCACGUCUUACCCAGGUGAUGACACGGAGACUUUGCAUUGUAGCAACAUCAGUCCCCUGUGAGAGAAUCUUCUCCAAAACAGGACAGAUAAUGAAUGACAGAAGAAACCGGAUCAGCUCCUCAAAGCUAAGGCACUUGGUAUUCCUGAAUGCCAACCUUUCCCUUAAUUAAAGAUCUGGUUGUUCAUUUUUUCUUUUUGUUUUGCAUCAUUUAAUCGAUAUUUUAUUGUGUUGUGGUUUGUAGUGUUUUGUGUUCUUUCA